AUGCAGAUUCGGGUUACCGAGGUUUAUCUGUAUAUACAAGUACGUAUGUGUAUAUGUAUGUUGCACCAAUAAUGAAAAUUAUCCUGUAUACGUAUUGGGGGAACUUUGUAUAUCACAUUGAUAUAUCUACAUAUGUAUAUCAUUAUUAUUAUUAUUAUCAUUAUAUUCGCUCAUUUUGUGUUUAUGUGUGCAUCUGUGUGUGUGUGUGUGUACAUAUUUAUAUGGCACUUUAAAUAACAAACCCAUACCAUGUUGAUUUUUAAAUUAUUCUUAUACAUAUCUCAGAAAAUCGUCGUCUAAUCACUCGAGCUAAUCACAGCUUGAAAGCUUACAAUAAUUUUUCUUCCUUGUAAUAAUUCAGAAUGACAGUUUAUUUUCAUAGUUCAAAGCUUUUGAACUUUUGUAGAGUUAUUUAUAAAGAAUGGUCAGAUACAUAGUUUGCAAACGUUUCCAAAUUUAUGUUUAAUCGCAUUUCAUUCUUUUUUUCUUUUUUUUUUUUUUUUUUUUUUUUUUUGGUCGUCAACAUGUUUGUUAGAAUUUUAGCUAUUUAAACUCCCCACGCUUUUCAAGUGCGUGGAGACGCACAAUGUUCGAUAAGAUACGAGCCACGUGGGCCUUGGUAACUCGGCAGCUCCGAUCGUUCGGAUUUAAAUCGUCCAUCCAAAAUUUGUCUGGUAUCCUUGGUCGGAUAUAAACCGGUACCUUGUUGCAAAUUACCUUGAAAUCUGUGAAUCGAGAGAAGAAACGGAUUUUGUACUUUGUACUCGCGGAAUGCAAACGUAUACCUCACCUGUUGUCGUAUAUAUCUAUAUAUAUAUAUAUAUAAAUUUCUUAUUUCUUUAGACUGGUAAAUAGAAAAUUAUCGCCUGGCACUUUACCCUGUGGACAACAACAAACAACACGUAUUUACAUAUAUACUCGCAUGAUACAAUGGACAAUUACAUUCCGAACAGAGUGUUAUCUACUUCACUUGCUUUCAGGCAAAGCUGCGACGAUUGAUUCGUCCACGACUCGACUGCGGCAUGCUGAUGAAGAUGACACUUGUGCCUACAAAUAGACGCACUUUUGCUCGCAUGGUCGUCCGUGUGCCCGAGCCUGCCGUACAGUCCAUACUUCUUCUCGUCGAUAGCUCUCAACGUGCCGUUCUUCUUCAUCGCCAUGUAUAUUUGCUCCAGCAUGCCGUAACUCUUAAUCAAGAAGUCUCGUUGCGCCAGUGCCGUGACACGCUCCCUCUCCUCGGACUCGCAAAUGAUCUCCGGCUCGAAAGAGUGCGAAGUGUUGGUAGUUGAAGUCGUCUGCUUCUUCGUCUAUACAUACGCGUUUGGAAAAUUGUUUCUCUGUAAGGAAAUUCAGUGUUUUUUUUUUCUUUUUUUUUUUAGUUCAACGAUUGAUCAUCCCGGGAAACGGACAUUCGAACAGGGAGGACUUCUCUUCGCGACGGACUUGUCCUGCAUCGUCGUCGCAGGCUUCAGCGUCACGCUCGAACACUCUGAACGCAGUGGGGAUAGCUCAGUCGGUAAAGCAUCAGACUCUUAAUCUGAGGGUCCAGGGUUCCAGCCCCUGUUCAGGCGAAAAAGAAGAAGACAUUGUCUCCUUUAGUGGAGAAGCCAUCGUGGAGGUUUCAGUCGUUAAUUAUCAUAUUAUCAUCAUGGUUAGAAUUGAAAGCUCGAUCGUUACUUCCAAGAGAUACGGCCUCAAUUUCCAAUCGAGCAGCACGUCGAAGCCCAGUAGCUCGAAGCACGCGUAG